CCACAUAAUGGAGCGAGAAUGAACAGAGAGCGGCUGAAAAAAAAGCAUGAACUGGAGGUUUAUUGAGGUCAUCUGCUUCCUGUUUAUAUGGGACCAUAUAACAGUCCAGUCUUCCCGCCAGGACCCAUUGGCCACUGAGCAACAUGUUGCCAAGCAGUAUGACUGGCUCAUCUCCGACCGCGGACCGUUCCACCACUCACGCAGUUAUCUGUCCUUUGUGGAUAGAUUCCGCCAAGGAUUCACGACCAGAUAUAAAAUUUAUAGGGAAUUUGCACGUUGGAAGGUGAGGAAUACAGCGAUCGAGAGGCGGGACCUGAUCCGGAACCCCGUGCCGCUCAUGCCCGAGUUCCAGCGCAGCGUCCGCCUGCUGGGCCGCAGACCGACCACGCAGCAGUUCAUCCACACCAUCAUCAAAAAAUAUGGCACCCACAUUCUCAUCUCGGCCACGCUGGGAGGGGAGGAGGCGCUCACAAUGUACCUGGCCAAAAACAAGCUGGACAGGAAGCUGGCCAACGCCACUCAGAAUGUGGAAGCCCUCCACCAGCUGGCCUCCUCCUACUUCAUCGACCGCGACGGCACAAUGAGGAAGCUGCACGAGAUCCAAAUCUCCACCAAUGCCAUCAAGGUGACAGAGACGCGCACGGGCCCUUUGGGAUGCAGCAGCUACGACAAUCUGGACUCGGUCAGCUCCGUCCUGCUGCAGAGCCCCGAGAGCAAGCUUCAUCUGCAAGGUCUUCAGGUCAUUUUCCCCGAGUAUUUGCAGGAGAAGUUCGUCCAGUCGGCUCUGAGCUACAUCAUGUGUAACGGCGAAGGGGAGUACCUGUGUCGCAACAACCAGUGCAUUUGCCAGUGUUCGGAGGAGUACCCCCAGUGCAACUGUCCCAUCACCGACAUCCAAAUCAUGGAGAACACCAUGCUGGGCAUGGCCGAGUCAUGGCUAUCCUCCUACAAAGAUUUUGAGAACUCCGAUGAAUUCAAGUCCUUCCUGAAGAGGUUGCCCUCCACCCACUUCCUGCCCAUCAACAGCGUGCACUUGCUGUGGGGCAGCGACUGGGACCUGCAGGCUCGCUACAGGCUGCUCCAGAGCUCCCUCGAGGUCCAGCGGCUCAAGAUCCAGCGCACUGCCCGCAAGCUCUUUGGCCUGAGCAUCCGCUGUCACCACAAUCCCAACCACCAGAUGCCCAGGGAGAGGUCGGUGAUGCAGUGGCUCAACAGGGUCCAGUCCUUCCUCUACUGCAACGAGAACGGCUUUUGGGGAACCUUCCUGGAAAGCCAGCGAACGUGCGUGUGCCACACGGGCGUCACCCUGUGCCAGCGACCGAUCCCUUGCGUCAUCGGCGGCAACAACAGCUGCGCCAUGUGCAGCUUGGCCAACAUCUCGCAGUGCGGCUCGUGCAACAAGGGCUACAAGUUGUACCGCGGCCGCUGCGAGCCUCAAAAUGUGGACUCGGAGCGCAGCGAGCAAUUCAUUAGCUUCGAGACGGACCUGGACUUUCAGGACUUGGAACUGAAGUACCUGCUGCAGAAAAUGGACUCGCGACUGUACAUCCACACGACGUUCAUCAGCAACGAGAUCCGCCUGGAGACUUUCUUUGACCCGCGGUGGCGCAAGCGCAUGUCCCUGACGCUGAAAAGCAACAAAAACCGCAUGGACUACCUCCACAUGAUCAUCGGCCUGUCUAUGAAGAUCUGUCAGAUGCGGAACAGCAGCAUCGACCCCAUGUUCUUCGUCUACGUCAACCCGUUCAGCGGCAGCCACUCGGAAGGCUGGAGCAUGCCCUUUGGCGAGCACGGGUACCCCCGCUGGGAAAAGGUGCGCCUGCAGAACACCCAGUGCUUCAACUGGACCCUGUUGCUGGGCAACCGCUGGAAGACCUUCUUCGAGACCGUGCACAUCUACCUGAGGAGCCGAGCCAAGAUCCCCACCGGCCUGCGCAACGACACGGGCCCCGUCGACCUGGCCGACCCCAACAAGCGGCAGAUCUACAUCAAAAUCUCCGACAUCCAGGUGUUCGGCUACAGCCUGCGCUUCAACGCCGAUCUGCUCCGCAGCGCCGUGCAGCAGGUCAACCAGUCCUACACGCAAGGAAACCAGUUCUACUCCUCGUCAUCCGUCAUGCUCCUCUUGCUGGACAUCCGGGAUCGGAUUAACCGCCUCGCCCCUCCGUCUGCGCCCGGCAAACCCCAGCUGGACCUCUUUUCCUGUAUGCUGAAGCAUCGGCUCAAGCUCAACAACAGCGAGAUGAUCCGGGUCAAUCAUGCCUUGGACAUGUACAGCACAGAGAUACUCAAACAAUCCGAUCAUCUGACUGCAAAACUGUGUUGAUCGCUUCCGAACGCCAAUUUAAGGACGGGAGAAUGACACGGAAGCGCACUCGCAAAUGAACCCAACCUCUGGCGGGGGGGGGGGCUCUUAUUGACUCUCAUUGACUUCUUUUGCCUUUUUCCUUUUUUGGGGGGGGACCUUUUCUGCCUUUUUGAUGUGACGCAAACUUUGUAAAAGCAUACUUCGUAAAAAAAAACGGGGGAGGGGGAACGGAAAAGGCAUCCAUGAAAGGAAGACCUGAAUCGGAACUAACGUUAAAAGGACUGUAACGUACCUGUCCAAGCAUGUCUGUCAUUUCCCCAAAGAACUUUAAUGUCAGCGAGAGAGAGAUUAAAAAAAAAAAUACUUGUGAUAAAGAGGCCUUGACUGGAAGGUUGUAUCUGUAACUGCCAUUCUUCUUUACCUGGGAAAUUGAAAAGAAGAAAAAACAUUUUUCACAAAAAACAAACAAACAAAAAAAAAACAGGCAGACCAGAUUUCCUUUUAUUUGCUCUAACGUGCAAAAUAAAAAUGUUUGUAUACACCCGGAGAAUUGAGAAACAGCUCGAGAGCGUGUAAUGUAGUCAACACAUUUAUUAUUAUAGAGUCUUUAUUACUUUUCCAAGCCUCGGCGAGUCGGUGAGUUAUGAAGCACUCGGUCACUGUUCUGACAUGUAAGGCACACGCAGCAGGCCGGGAAUUGAUCGUCACGUCAAAGAACAAAAAGCCAGCUGUUUAUAAAUAUACAGACAUAGACCGUGUAUGUGUGCGUGCGUGCGCGCGCGUGUGUGUGUGGAUGUCAGCGCAUACCUUUUUACUUUUUUUUGGCUUGCUAAUUGAAUGUGUCCAAUUUUUCAAUUCAGAGUAUUUCUUGCGUGUUUCCAAUUUUUAUUUAUUUAUAUUUGGGGGGAGGGGGGGGGCUCUCGUGGUUUCACAAGGCAGUGGCUUUCCUGGCUGCGCGAGUGCAUCAUUGUCGUGGAUUUAACCGUCGAUGCUAAUUUUGUACUGCUUUGCGUAAAAUGGACAACCAAACGGACAAAAAAAAUAUAUAUCUAUAUAUAUGGUAAAAAUGUUGUGAUUGCUGGUUUGUGGAGCUUUUUCUUGGGCACCAAAAUCUUAGCGAGCGUUCACCGAACAGGCAUAUUGACAACACAAAGCCAUAGAUGCCCCGCCACCCGCCACCACCAACCUCUGCCCCAGGAUCAAGUAAUGUUCAAUCCCGUUUCAUUUUACACGCACUAAAAGACGUUUUGCUUCUCUCUCGGUUGAUAUGAGACAAAAAGCACAGUGAACGAUAUGUUGGCACUCUCACUGGAUUUCGAUGUUGUGCUGGGGGAAAAAAUACUCAAAUGUAAAAUCUUAAAGUACAUUUUUAAUCCGGAAUCCUUUCACCAGCACCAGAGUUUUUGUUUCUCGAUGAAAACCCUUCCCGACAUGGUGUGGGUUUUUUUUUUUGUUUGUUUUUUCUUAUUUAUCCCGGAUGGCUGUAUGUAUAUAAUCCCACUUGUUGAACAUGGAAAUGAUAUCAGCGCUUCUCUCAUGUGUUUUGCUGGUGAAACCUGUUGACAUGGUGUCUUUAUUAUUCUAUUGGCACAAAAAAAAAAAGGAAAAACUGUGUAAGACCCCAGUUGCAGACCAAUUUUUUUUCAGAUGUUACUUUUAUUUUGGUUAACUUGCUAUAUAUUGCUGCUUUACUGCUAAGUGUGACAUUAAGUCUUGUGGACGUUGCAGAGGCACAUCUUCCAAAUCUGGAUUUGGAGAUUUUAAUCACUCCUUUUUUUUUUUUUGGUCUGAUUCGCUAUUCACAAUAUUUAAAGUGGACAUAACUUGGAAAACUGACAUUGAAUUCUUUGUAUACGCACAGUUGGGUCUCUGGUGUGCCUAUCGGGCUGUUAGGUGUGAAAUUAUACCGCCACGUCAAUCUUGUGUGAGCUAACUAUUUCUAAAAUGUCUCUGUGAGCGAGCCUUUUAGAUUUUUAGCUGAAUUUUCAUCAUUCAAAUUCCACGCCGAUUUUCAACGCCCAUGACUGGGUAGGAAGAGCCACCAUUUUACGAAUGACGGAGGGACUGAACGGAAAUAUUGUCAUGUCAAAACUGAAAGCUCAGCAGAGGUGGAGUGUUAGCGCACAUUUGUGUUAGCUACACGUUAGCGCGCGAGACAAAAGUCAUUUAAGAUUUUGUCAGAAAGGCUGGAAAAAAAAAAACACUGGACAAAAAUAUUGAAAAAUAUUCAUCCCUGUCACCGACCUAAAGAGACCUUGGAACUGUUUUUAACGGUGAAAAAAACUGAGUAAUACGUCACCGUUAGCGUCACCUUCUCAGCAUUGCUUUCCUUUUUCGCCCUCAGUGUGAAUUGCUGGAUAGCUAAGUUCCAUUUGCGCGUGACUCAUUUAGCAUUUCAAGCGGUAGGAAUGUCACUGUUAAAAUUAAAAGUACAAAGCCGUUCCGAAAAAGGGUACCCCCCCCCUUCCCUGCCCCCACAGCAAAUCUUACACUUUAAGUGUCACGUCGUAUUUGUUCAUUCCGCUCAGCGACGAGUUCUCAGCUUAAUAGCAUGCUAAUAUGGACAUGGUAGAACGUGGCAUAACAUCGCAAGUGCAUCAUUUUUGCAUGCUAACAAUUAGCAUCUUUUUUAGUGUAUUUUAGUUGAAGUUGAAUUUUCCGAACCCGAAAGCAGUUGCCUCCCCAUCUUCUAAUUUACUGCAAUGGUCGACGCGUUUAUUUUCAUUGGGCUUUCAUGCUUACUGACUGAUUGUUUGUUUUUCUUUCUUUUUUUUUUUUUUUAAGCUCGCGGAUGCUUUCGUAUCGCGGGUGAAUUACUGCUGAAAAAUGUGCAGGAAUGCCUCCAAUGAGUGGACGUCAGAGCAGAAAUCGAUGCCAGUCUCGGCCUGUAAAAGAUCCACUAAAAAGUCCCCGAUGUAUUAGCACUUGAUUGGACAAUUCCUGAGAAACGCUACCAUAUAAUUCUUUUAUUUUAAUGUCGUCAUUAUAAUUAUAUAAGUGCCUGUUAUUUAUCCCUUUAACAUGUUUAGAGCUGGUCACAAAAGUCUCAGUCAAUGACAAUCUCCUCUCAAGGAGGUUUUGCUGUU